AAUAGAAUCAAAUUCUCUAUAUUAAGUGCUGCAUUUGAUGAAAACAAAAGUAAGCUACAAUAAUAUCUAAUCAAUGGGAGCUACUACUACUACAUCCACCUUCAGGAGGUUCAAACCUCACCUCCUCAUGGUGAUGGCUCAGAUUGGAUAUACAGUCCUCUAUUUCAUUACAGAGGCUUCCUUCAACCAUGGGAUGAAUCCUCAUGUCUACAUAACUUACAGACAGAUAGUAGCUACUCUAGUAAUGUUGCCUUUCGCCUACUUUCUCGAAAGAGAAACAAGGCCCAGGCUCACAUUAGCUCUGUUUGCAGAGAUAUUUGUUCUUUCCCUUCUUGGAGUUGGUUUAACCUUAAACAUGUACUUUGCAAGCUUAAAAUUAACUUCGCCAACAUUCCUCGCCUCAAUGGUCAAUACCGUAGCUUCUUUAACUUUUGUUAUCGCUGUUGCCCUCAGGUUAGAGGUGCUUGAUCUUGGACACCUUAAAGGUAUCGCCAAAGUUCUUGGAACAUUAAUCUCCCUGGCUGGAGUCAUGACUAUGACAUUGUACAAAGGACCUACCAUUAAGAAUCUAUGGCCUCCUCUGAUCCAUAUUCAAGGAAGUUCAGUUUUCCAAGAAGAUUGGCUGAAAGGCUCUCUACUUACUGUUGCAAGCUGUGUUUCUUGGUCUAUAUGGUACAUAAUGCAGGCAUUUACCCUCAAAAGAUAUCCAGCACAGUUGUCAUUGACAACCUGGAUGAGCUUCAUGGGAGCGGCACAAUCAGCUGUCUUCACAUUCUGCAGUGAACAUAAACUGUCUGCCUGGACUAUGGGUUUUGAUAUUGACUUUUGGUCUACAAUAUAUGCAGGUAUUCUGAUGUCUGGUAUCGUCGUCUUCAUCCAACUAUGGUGCACUAAGCAAAAAGGACCAGUUUUUGUCACAAUGUUUAGUCCCCUUUCAACAAUCUUAGUAGCCGCUCUAGCCUACUUUGUCUUUGGAGAAAAACUCUAUAUGGGCAGCAUCAUAGGAGCAGUCAUUGUCAUCAUUGGCCUAUACAUGUUAUUGUGGGGCAAAGAAGGUGAUGAAGAAAAACCAGAAGAGCCUUGUGAAGAUACUAAACUACAUCUGCAAAUUUCAGCUGGGAAGGAUAAGAAAGAAGAACUAUAAAGUUUUAGUCCAUUGAACUAAUUUAAAACAUAAAGGUGCACCAAUAUUAAGCUAGGUAAAAGGACACAAGGAAUUACCUUACCCAAACCAGAACUACAGCUUCAAUUUCCUCUUCAAGUCAACAUAUAAGAUAGUGGAACAAAACAUUAUUGCACCAGCAAUGGGAAGAGGCAUGUCCAACACACCUAGUUACCAGUUAUUAUGCUUGUAAAGUUUCUGUAUUAUAUAUUACCAAUGUUUUCUAUCCCACAAGUGGAAUCUGAAAUCUAUGGUUAUAACACAAAUUAUAUCAUGUAGUUCUUGGUGUCAUUUGAUGACUUAUCUAUCUAUUGAAUGUCCAAUCACAUAAUUAAAACCCUUUAAGCAAGAAAAUAUAUGAAAAUACCAAUGGUAAAACAUUCUGUAUCCAAACUCUUUAUUAUAU